UGUCACCCCUACCCCACCCCCACCCCACUACCCCUUUUGACUCUUUUAAGUCAUCUUCUCACUCAGCCAUUGUUUCUUGCUUUCUUUGUAUCCAUAACCUUACCCCCUUGCUACUUGAUUCUCACCCCUUUUCAGUUCCCAACAAAACACAGCACUUAUACUUCAAAAUUUUUAUAUAUAUAGGAAAAAGAGAGGUUUAAGAUCAUCAAGAAGUAAUCCUUUUCAAGAUUAGGUACACUAAAAUGGGAAGGCCACCAUGUUGUGAUAAACUUGGUGUCAAGAAAGGUCCAUGGACCCCUGAGGAAGAUAUCAUGCUUGUUUCUUAUGUUCAGCAACAUGGCCCUGGUAACUGGCGUCAAGUCCCUACUAACACCGGACUGAGAAGAUGUAGCAAGAGUUGUAGGUUAAGAUGGACCAAUUAUUUGAGGCCUGGAAUCAGAAGGGGAGAUUUCACUGAUGAGGAGGAGAAAAUGAUCAUUCAGCUUCAAGCCCUUUUGGGUAACAAAUGGGCGGCUAUUGCUUCAUAUCUUCCUGAAAGAACGGACAAUGACAUCAAGAAUUACUGGAAUACACAUUUGAAAAAGAAGCUCAGAAAGCUCCAAAUGGGAUCUGAUGAACACGAUCUAAUUCACAAGAAGAAAGAUCGAUUCGCGUCUUCAACAACUUCAUCGUCUUCUUCACACUGUAUCUCUAGAGGCCAGUGGGAGAAGAGGCUUCAAACAGAUAUUCAUCUGGCGAAACAGGCUCUAAAUGAUGCUUUAUCUGUUGAUAAAAAGCCCAUUAUCACACCUCAACCUAUAAAAUCUCCCACACAAACACCUAUUUACCCCUCUAGCACUGAUAACAUUGCCAAAUUGCUUAAAGGGUUUAUGAAAAACACAUCCAACAAUACCAAAACAUGUUCAAAUGCAAGUACUCGUGAGUUAAGUGAUGAAGGGAAUGCUCUGAGCAGCGAAAGCAAGACUUCUUCUGGAAUCGAUUUGUAUGAAAUGUUUCAAUCCCUUUUCGGGUUUGAUCGAUCUUUUGGAUCGUCAAAUAGUUCUGAAUUUUCACAAUCAAACACAUCACCGGAGGGAAGUGUAUUCCAAGGGGAUAGCAAGGAUGAUCUGCUGCGAUUUACAAUGUUUGAGAAUUGGUUGCUUGAUGAAACAGCUGUGGGUGUGGUUAAUCAAGGAAAAGAAGAUUUAUCUAACUUUUCUUUUGAUGAAAACACUGAUUUUUUUGAUAAUUGAUUUGUGUUUUGAAGGUUUUAGUUUGAAACUUCAUCAUAGGUUAAAUUAAUGCAUCUUGUGUUCCUUUGUAUUUUUUGGGGACUUAAAUUUAUUAUUUGACCUGAGAGAUGUAGAACUCAAUAUGUUUGAUGUAUUUGACUUGAGGGUGGUGACUUACUAACUUUUA